CUGCUAGCCCGACAUUCCCUGACGUGUUUCGCAAACGUUGCGAAUUAUGCUGUGAGAAACGCCCGUGCUUAUGUGACUGCUACAGGUGAAAACGGAUCCGCGAUGCCUGGGACCGAAGACAGCACAACGGAGCUGGGAGAAAUAGAGAAUGUCAGAGUGGUGGUGCGAGUUCGACCAUUGAGCAGCAAAGAGUUUGAUGCUCACUCCAAAAAUAUAAUAGAUGUGGAUGCCCUGAACGCCGAGAUCACUAUAGAAAAUCCAAAUGCAGCUCACGGAGAGCCACCAAAAGUCUUUUCCUUUGAUGCAGUAUUUGACACAGAUUCCACUCAGGUGGAUAUUUACAAUGAGACAGCCAGGCCUAUAGUGGACAAGGUGCUACAGGGCUACAAUGGAACGAUCUUUGCAUAUGGCCAAACUGGCACUGGCAAAACUUAUACCAUGUCCGGUGCUAAAACCUCCCCACAAGCCAGAGGAAUUAUUCCAAACACGUUUGCUCAGAUUUUUGGUCAUAUAGCUAAAGCCGAUGAAAAUCAAAAAUUCCUCGUGCGUGCGACAUAUCUAGAGAUCUACAAUGAGGAAGUUCGGGAUUUGCUCGGUAAAGAUCAGAAUACUCGAUUGGAGGUGAAAGAAAGACCGGACAUUGGAGUGUUUGUGAAGGAUCUGAGCGGGUACGUGGUAAACAAUGCUGACGAUUUGGAUCGCAUUAUGUCUCUCGGCAAUAAAAAUCGUGUUGUUGGGGCUACUGCCAUGAAUGUGUCCAGCUCUCGGUCCCACGCAAUAUUUACAAUUACGGUUGAAUCUAGUCAGAUCGGUGAAGAUGGGGAGCAGCAUGUGAAAAUGGGGAAGCUUCAUUUGGUGGAUUUAGCUGGAUCAGAAAGACAGAGUAAAACAAAGGCAACAGGUCAGCGGCUUCGCGAAGCCACUAAGAUUAACUUGUCAUUGUCCACAUUAGGGAACGUAAUAUCUGCGCUAGUUGACGGACAAAGCUCUCACGUGCCUUACAGAAAUUCCAAACUGACUAGAUUGCUGCAGGACUCGUUGGGCGGAAAUUCGAAAACGUUGAUGUGUGCAAACAUUAGUCCAGCAGAUAUAAAUUAUGACGAGACUAUAAGCACUUUACGUUAUGCGAAUCGCGCGAAGAACAUUAAGAAUCGUGCGAGAAUCAACGAGGAUCCCAAGGAUGCUUUGCUUCGUCAGUUUCAAGUCGAGAUCGAACAAUUGCGCAAACAGUUGGAGGAAAAUAGCGCGGAGCUCUCGGAAUCCGAGGAUGAAUCCGAGGAUUUAGAGGAAUCGAGAGAAACGAAGCGAGAUAAGAAAGCUCGACGUAGAAGGAGUCAAAUGAUGUCGAUGGAAGAGUUGGAUAAAGAUACAGACUCGACAGAGAAGAUUGAUAAGGCCGAGAGAGACGAUAAGAGUCCAGUGGAUAAAGAUGUCAUCGAAUUGAAGAAGACUCAGAGUGAAAAGGAAGCGUUGCGGGAAAAAAUGCAGAAUUUACAGAACAAAAUAUUAGUGGGUGGCGAAAAUCUAUUAGAAAAGGCGGAGGCUCAGGAGCAAUUGUUAGCUGCCGCGGCGGUCGAACUCGAGCAACGGAAAAGCCGCGAAGAGCAAUUAAAGAGGGCCAUUAAAGCAAAAGAGGCAGAACGCAUCGAUAUCGAAGAGAAGUAUUCAUCUCUCCAGGAGGAAGCAGCUGGAAAAACGAAAAAAUUGGCGCGCGUAUACACAAUGUUAAUGUCUGUCAAGGCAGAGUUGUCCGAUCUGCAGCAGGAACACCAAAGAGAGAUGGAAGGUCUUCUGGAGGGUGUACGAGGAAUUGGCAGAGAAUUGCAGCUGCAGAAUCUCAUUGUGAAUCAUUAUAUUCCCGUGCAAUAUCAGACAAUGAUCAAGAGAUAUGUUCACUGGAAUGAGGAUAUAGGCGAAUGGCAACUCAAGUGCGUAGCAUAUACAGGGAAUAAUAUGCGCAAAGCGCAAACCGCAUCGCCAGCAGGGAAUAAUAAAGACACAAUGCCACCAGACAUGUCGAACAUAUAUCUCUCUUACAACAUCGGAAUAGACAAUACGUUUGUGCAACCAAAGAAAGUGCGAAGCCGUUCUGGCGUACCCAGACCAACUACCGCGCAUCGACGUACACCACACUAAACA